AUGUCCGGCGCCCAGGCUUACGACCCUUACAACCCGUUCAAUGACGACGCGCAAAAGGAGCAGACCACGCAGCCGUCGAACCAGAACUUGCACAAUCUGCAGAACACGCUCCAGGAAACGGCCGGAAUCAUGAGAAACAACAUCGAGGCCAUCAACCAGAGAGGAGAGGUGCUGGAGGACAUCGACACCCGCGCCAACGACCUCAGCACAAACGCCAAACUGUUCAACAGGUCCGCGAACCAGGUCAGAAAAGACAUGUGGAAAAAGAACCUCAAGCUCAAGCUGUGUCUCGCUCUCAUAAUUGUCAUUCUCCUGGUGGUCAUCAUUGUGCCUAUCGCCAUCCAUUUCAGUAAUUAG